UGAAAGGCGCAGUAAGAUCUCUGCGUUAGAUGUGGACGACGCGUGCAUAUGCUUUAUGUGGCAAUGCAAAUCUGUCGGGAUACGAAACCUACUUCUGAAAAACCUCGCGUUUACGUAGAUAGAUAAAAGAGAAGGGCAAAGCAAAUAACAAUACCAAAGCCAACCUAACUUCAAAACCAAAACCGUGCCGAUGCACCGAUGAAACAGUGAUCUUACGUGUCUCCUGAGGCUAAAAGAAAUAAGCUCGCCCGAUUUGAAAUGUUUUCGAACUACGUAUAACGUUCCAUCGAAUAGUAACAAUAACCAGCAAUAGCAUUAUAAAGAUUGGAGUGAAUUUCGGUGCAUGUCGCUUUGCUUUUUAAAGAAUGUAGAAAAUCUAAACACGGUCCGCGUCAUUUUCUCCUAAGCGCCAUUUUCAAAUUUCACCGUGCAAGUCAUGGGUAUGCAUGAAAUUAACCAGAAUUAAGAUUUAACGUUCUACUUCAUCCAUGGGGCAAAUGACAGAGGGAGAAGGUGACAGUAGUAUAUAUAAAUCAAUAAUUAUGUAUUAUGACGAAUACGCCAAACAAUGGCAAACAUUUCGAAAUCAUCCCAACGUUCGUAUGUACAUCCUCAAAUUUAAAGAGCAUUUUGCUCACAAUCCGUUCCUACAGAUGGCUACUUUUAUUGUAAUAGCAUCGUUGCUGACACCGAUACUUCUGUUUAUUGUAUUUGCUAUUGUCAGUGCUGUAUUUGCAUUUGUUGGGUUUAUGAUGAUUCAAGUGACAGUAUUGGCUAUCGGUGCGAGUAUUUUAAGCUGCAUCCUUUUCUGCAUUGCGAGUACUUUCAUAAUGAUAGGUUUGUGUAUUGUCUUUAUCUAUUAUGCAUUAUAUUAUACAAAACAUGUUUUCAAUCUUUUAACUUGCAGUAAAGUCUAAUUUAUAUACAGAUUGUUAUUAUUAUGGGCGCUAAUAUUGUAUGUAGAUAUAUAUGUAUUAUUCAUUUGAGAAAAUAAUUUAACUUGUAAAUAUAAAAACAUUAAAUUUGAACAACUAUAAAUUGAUGCACUAUAUUUUAGUUUUAUUAAAUUUGAACAAGUACAAA